UUCUGCUCAUUUUUUAGAAUUCUUUGUGGUAAGAGUCUAAGUCGUACAGAACUUGAUAAGCUCCAAGAUCGCAUUGUGAUUACUCUUUGCCAUUUGGAAAUGUUAUUUCCUCCAUCAUUCUUCACCGUUAUGGUGCAUCUAACAGUCCAUCUUGUUGAGGAAGCAAAACUUGGGGGGCCAGUCCAUUAUCGAUACAUGUAUCCCAUCGAAAGGGAAUUGGGACACUUGAAGUCCUUUGUACGAAAUAAAACACAUCCAGAAGGUUCUAUUGCUGAGGGUUAUUUAGCUGAAGAGUCUCUUACUUUUUGUUCUCGGUAUAUUGAUGACAUGGAGACUAGAUUUAACAGGCCUAGUCGUCUUUGUUAUGAUCCCCCUUAUGAAAUGUCUUCAGUCUUGCCCAAGUUAGGUACUCCACAUGGAGGUCAUUCAAACUUCAAUUUAACUAAAAUAGAGAAGUUGCAAGCUCAUCGUUAUGUGGUUUUCAAUCGCGAAGAUGUGAAACCAUAUAUCAACGCCUUUAGAGACCACAUUAGGAGAACUUCAAAAGGAAGAAGACUCUCACCUGCAGAGAUAGAAAAGAAAGUUAAUAAAGACUUUGUUGAUUGGUUUCAAGCAUUGAGUGUGAAUCCAGAUAAUCCAUACGAAAUGUCAACUGAUAUAAAGUUUCUUGCACGAGGCCCAAUGAUGAAUGCAAGGAGAUUUUCUGUUUAUGACAUCAAUGGAUUAAUUCACACGGGUGAGCGUGAAGAACAUGAACCUUAUAUUGAAGCAUCUCAAGCACAAAUGGUGUAUUAUGUUGAUGAUAUGGUAAAUAAAGGGUAGAGUAUUGCUGUGCAUGUCAAGCCAAGGGAUAUAUAUGACAUGGGUCAAGGAAAUGAAGAUGUAGUGUACGAAAAUGAGCGAUAUCAAGAGCAAGAACUUGAACAAUUAUUUGACCCCAAUAAUGAGUACAUCCAAUUAGCUACCAAUUUAUUAGAUAGCGAUGCUAUUGAAGAUAAUGUAGCUACUAACUUGGCAAGAGAUAUGUUUGAAUGAAAAUUU